UAUAACAAAUACAAAUUUUAUAUUUUUAUUGCUAAUUAUUUUUUGAACUUUUUAAAGCUGAUCUGUUGGUUUGUAAGUGCAGUUUAAUUGUAUAAUGGCUAUGAAUAUGGGUAUUAUGACUCAGGCCGAUUUAAAUGAGGCUGUCAAAUUGAAGAAACGUAAACAAUAUGAAGAGGAACGUAAGAAAAGGAUUUUCAAUGCCAAACAACGUUUAUAUGGGCUCGAUUUAGAUACAUUAGAACGACAAAUAGCCGAUAAAUCAAAAUUACAACAACUAGAAGCCGAAUAUGAACGACGUUAUGAACAACAGGCCGAAAUGAUACAAAAAGUGGUGCACAAUAAAGAAUUGGAAUUAGAGAAACGUAAACGUGACGUAGAGAGUGAUAUCAAUUAUUAUCGUUGCCGUUUUCAGCGUAAAGAUCAACGACGUGAAUAUGAUCUAAAUGAUCCGGAUUCUAUUAAAAAAUCUCAACCUGUACGUAUAGCCGAUGAUGAUUUUAGUUUGGGCAUAUCAUCGGCUCAAAUUUUCAAUGGUGAGGAUUUGGGACAACGAGAACGUCAACAAAAACAAAGAGAACAACAAAGAGCCUGGUUAGAUCAACAGAUAUUGGAAAGAAAAAGAGCCGAAGAAUCCCGCCAGCAGGCAGAAAAGGCACUACAAGAGUCCAUAGCUUCACGGGAUAAACGUUUAGAGGAUAUGGCCAAUUCUGAGCGUAAAAUACGUCAUCAAAUAGUAGACUCUAUAAGGCAAUAUAAUUGUCAAAUGGCCCAACAAAAGAAACAAGAAACUCUACGCAAAAAGCAAGAGAAAAAUGAAGAUGAUAUGGCAGAAAUCUAUAAUAUGUUAACAAGUGAUAUCUUAACCGAAAAUCCCGAUGUAGCACAAUCGAAAACAAAUCCUAAUAAGAAAAUUGCCUUUAUGUAUCGUGGCAUGACUGCUGAGGAAUUGCAAGCAUUUCGUAAAGAUCAGCAGCAACAAAUGUUGGAUAAAAAGAAAGAGAAAACGGAAGAGCAAAUAAUGGAAAAACAAUGGGAACAGUAUGCUUUAAAUAUGGAUCGUGAAUUGAGAUUAAAAGAUUUGGAAAUGAAUCGCAAGAAACAAAGGGAAUUUGAAAAAAUAUUGGAUAUUAAUGAUAAAUUGGCUAAAGAGCAGAAACAGCAAAAGGAUUUAAACAAUAGGGUGCUGAAUCGUAAUGAAGUUUCAAAAGAAUUCUAUGAACAAUUUAAUAAGACCUCACGUUAA